UGAAUCUGUGAUCUACUUAGAUGGUUAAAGUGCGAGAAAAGAGAAGAUACAAAGUGCUUUAGGUUAAGGUGCAAAUAAAUUAUGCAUAAUUAAUGGCAUAAAUGAUUACAAAGAAAAGGUUACUCCAGAGAAAGAAUUGGGCUGCUUGGUCUGUUUUGUGCUAUGUUCUGUUCUCAUUACUUCAAAAGAAGCAAAUGAUAAAGUAGAAGGGGUUUCACUCCAAAUCCUUUUUGACAGAGCAUCCAGGUUUCACAUCUCCAGCUAAAAGCUAAUGUUUACAGUGCUUCAUUUGGGAAACGUCCUGAAAGCUGAAGGAAGAGGAUCUACCCCAGCCAGCUCUCAAUCCACACUGUCCACAGCAAGCAGGUCAGAAAAAUGUUGUUUGUCUGAAUUCCUGGUGUUGCUGAUCAUUGAGAAGAAGCAGAUGGUACUAAAUCAGGGAAAUAAUUUCUGUUUUUUGCAGCAGUUCAGAGGACUUUGCCGUUACUGGGUCUUUUUCUCAAUUGUCUUUGUUUUCAUUUCUGAGUUUGCAGGUGAAAAGUGCUAAAAACUCUUGAAGACUCUUACAGCAAAACUUUGCAGACAUUUUUGUAGACCACUAGGUAACCCUGGAUUUAAAAUGUUUUUCAUCUUGUCAGUUUUGAGUACCAUUUGCAGUCUUGAAUGCUAAUCCCAAAUAUGCUUUCUCCUCUUUUCUUUACAGGCUAUUGAGUAGAUGUUGUCACUGCAAUGCUUUGAAAUCUGUAGAUUAUAACUAAAACACAGGAUUAGAGCACACUAAAAAAUGAGAAAUAUCUUUGUUAUUUAAAAAAAUAAUCAAAAUUAUUAGGCUUUCCUGUUACAGGAAUGAAAGUGAAUUGAUUGGUUUUUAGCAUUAACUGAUGGUCACAACCUCAAGGAGAGGUUAGAUUUAACAAAAAUCUUUAUUUGUACUAACAGUUGUUUCCUUAAGUAGGAAAAUACAAUAAGAGUGAACGUGUAUCCCAGAAUAUGACAUAAAAACUCUUUAUUAACAUCUAUUUUCUAUGGACAUAUUUAGGAAAUAUUUACAAGAUCAUUUUUCACCCAUAAAACCAUUUUAGAUUUAUUUUUUUUUUCCACCAGGUCAUGUUAAUAGAGUUUUGAUAUAAAAUGUAAGUACCAUCUAACUUUCUGCUCUAUAAUCCUGAUUCUGAAGUGGGUGGCACUUAGAGACAUAGUAACACUUAAUUUUACAUCCAUGUCCUAUGAUACUUUCUCAGGAGCAGAUGUUAUCCUCUAGGAUUAUUUACAGCUGCUCAGUAUUUCUCUACCACAAUCUCCAUGUAGCAUGGAGAACACAGUGAAUUACUGCUGGUCUUCACAAAGUGUUCUGGGGAGAAAAUCUGCAUCCAGAUUUUUUAUGUUGUCAGAUACCACAGAAAAGAUUAAGUUGUGCAGUUUCAAAGUAUUUGAGUUUAUUCGCCUGAUAGGCAGGUUAAAUAUUACUAUAAAAGCUCCUGCUAAGGAAAAAGGAAAUAAUUCCACUGUUAAAUAAGUUACUUUUCAUGGAGGAUUUAAUUUCACCUAAACUGAGAUCCAUGCAUCAGAGAUGUAGGGAUCAUAGAAUCAUAGAAUCCUAGAAUCCUAGGGGUUGGAAGGGACCUCGAAAGAUCAUCUAGUCCAACCCCCCUGCCAGAGCAGGGUCACCUAGAGUACAUCACACAGGAAGGCGUCCAGGCGGGUUUUGAAUGUCUCCAGUGAAGAAGACUCCACAACCUCUCUGGGCAGCCUGUUCCAGUGCUCUGUCCCUCUCACAGUAAAAAAAAAUUUUCUGAUAUUCAUCUUAAACCUCCUAUGCUCCAAUUUGUAUCCAUUACUCCUUGUCGUAUCACUGGUCAUCACUGAAAAAAUGAUGCGUGGUUAUGGUUGAAGACAUGGGACAAGAGGUAAAUGAACAGAAAAGGAACUUUAAAACCUGGGACAAAGGGCAAAAUUUUGCAACUUCAUUCUGGCCACGGCAAUUCCACAUGGAAAAUAAUUUAAUCAACAGUUUGCCUCUAGUUUUUUUCUGGUUUAUGGAUAGCUUCGUUAUUUGUAAGAACAGAAAAUUAACCUGUAUUUCAACACUCACCUAACCUUGUAUUGAGUUUAGUAACUUGUGUUUAAUGGUUGAAAAAGGAAAAUCAAUAGAUGGACCCAGGUUUUGGAAACAUCAUAGGCCUCCAGGUCUUCACUGGCUUCUGCUCUUAUUGUGGGCCAAUUUCUUUUUCCCAUGUUAGUCCUCAUGUGCACUUACAAGAAGCCUCUAAAUAGCAGUAAAAUUUGACAGUUGAGCCCAGUUCUGAAGAAACCUUCUGAACUACUUAAUAAUUAUUGUAAUAUUAAAAGAGAGAAAGAAAAAGAAGAAGAGUGCCAAUGGAAAGGAAGAAAAUAAUUUGACUGAAGAGCUUUUAGGAUCAUUAUGGUGAUUACAGAUGGAAGAGAGCAUUUACAAAGAGCAAAUGUAGAAGCGUCUAAGUCAAAUUUGAGGACACACUUAAGGGAUUACUGAAGUAAAGGUUCUUGGGAUAUGUGUGGUGAAUGGAUAUGUCAGUAACUGUUCAAGCUAAAGCAGUGAGAAUCAUGAUGGAAACAGUCUGGAAACAUCCUUCAGCUCCAUGUGAAGGAAAAGGAAUAGAGAAUCAGCUACUGAAUGCUUUGGUGUAAGAACCAGUAACCUUCUUAUAAUGCACACAGUAACAUCUGAUGUUGUGUUUGCCAAAGGAGAAUUGUGGGCAAUUAGCAGCCCCAAGGAAUACAUCAAGGAUCUGUAAGGAUCAGCUGAGCUACAGACAAGAUGCCAGAUCAGUACAGUACAUUAACUCCUUAAAAAGCUGGUGAUAAAAAAUAUAAGAAACAGAAACUGUUAAAAACAUCAGUUUGGUUGUGACUACCAUAAGUGACUUGAAUUCAUAACUGAAUUGUCUUUGGAUAAUCUCAAGAUACUUUUUUUACUUUUUUUUUUUUCCUUUUUGUUUCAGAAUUCAUAGCAACAGUUCUGCUAGUUUUCUUGGGUAGUCUACAGCAUCUACAUACAUCAUCUUUUGCCAUGAAAUUGUUUAAAUUACAGACUCUAAAAUCCUUGUGGACUCUGAAGCCUCCUAGUAGGACUUUCCAUGGACACCCCAGGCUGCUUGCCUCUGAUGUAUACUCACAGUACCAGGCUGUCAGGCAGGGUGAACAGGAAAUACCAAAGUACUUCAACUUUGCAAGGGAUGUUCUGGACAAAUGGUCUGAGAUUGAAAAGGCUGGAAAGAGACCACCAAACCCUGCCUUUUGGUGGAUAAAUGGAAAAGGAGAAGAACUGAAGUGGAGCUUUGAGGAGCUGGGGUUCCUGUCUCGGAAAGUGGCCAAUGUGCUGACUAAAGUAUGUGGAUUGCAGAAGGGUGAAAGAGUUGUUGUGGUCCUGCCACGAGUCCCAGAGUGGUGGCUGGUGAAUGUGGCUUGCAUGAGAACAGGAAUUGUCUUAAUUCCAGGAGUAUCCCAGUUAUCAGCCAAAGACAUCUUGUAUCGACUCCAGGCAUCAAAGGCCACGUGCAUCGUUACCGAUGACACGCUGGCUCCUGCCGUGGACUCCGUGGCAUCUGAGUGUCCAAUUCUGAAAAACAAGCUAAUCGUGUCCAAAGGCAGUAGGGAGGGAUGGCUGAACUUCACUGACCUGUACAAAAACCAAUCUGCUGACCAUUCCUGUGUCAAAACAAGGAUUCAAGACCCAAUGUGUAUCUUCUUUACCAGUGGAACCACAGGUUCUCCAAAGAUGACUGAACAUUCCCAGGGUAGUCUUGGUUUCAGACCACUUUUAAGCGAAAGAUACUGGUUGGAUUUGACUCCAGCAGACAUGAUAUGGAGCACAGCAGACACAGGAUGGAUAUUAGCUUCACUGGCAUCUGUUUUUGAUCCCUGGGUUUUUGGAUCAUGCAUCUUUAUACAUAGGCUACCACAAAUUGAUUCAACAACCAUCCUAAAUACUCUCUGCAGAUUCCCCGUUGAUGCCCUGGUUGGUGCUCCAACAUUGUUCCGCAUGCUGGUGCAAAACGAUCUCUCCAACUACAAAUUCAUGAACCUGAAGCACUGCAUGAGUGGAGGGGAGCCACUCAACCCAGAAGUCAUGGAGCACUGGAAAAGCAAGACUGGACUGGACAUCCAUGAAGUGUAUGGCCAGACUGAAACGGGAAUAAUCUGCUCUGUUUUUAAAGGAAUGAAGGUUAAACCUGGAUCAAUGGGGAAGGCAGCUCCCCUUUAUGAUGUUCAGAUCAUAGACAAAAAUGCUAAUAUUCUGCCUCCCGGACAACAGGGGGAAAUUGCUGUCAGAACCAAACCUAUAAGACCACUUGGUUUCUUCUCUGAAUAUGUAGAUAACCCGAAGAAAACUGCAGAAAGCGAACGUGGGGAUUUUUAUGUCACUGGAGACAGAGGGACUGUGGAUGAAGAUGGAUACUUUCAGUUUAUUGGCAGAGAUGAUGACAUAAUUAUUUCUUCAGGAUAUCGCAUUGGACCUUUUGAAGUAGAGAGUGCCCUGAUAGAGCACCCAGCAGUAGCAGAAACAGCUGUUGUCAGCAGCCCGGAUCCCCUCAGAGGAGAGGUUGUGAAAGCAUUUGUGGUCCUGUCCCCAACCUUUUCUUCCAGUGACCUGGAGAGCUUAGCCUGUGACUUGCAGGAACAUGUCAAGAAAACUACUGCUCCAUAUAAAUACCCUAGAAAGGUGGAAUUUGUCCAAGAGCUGCCAAAGACGGUCACUGGGAAGAUCAAGAGGAAUGAAUUAAGAAACAAAGAGUUUGUCCCUUCCAACCGUAACUACGUGAAGACAAAAAGCCAAGAUCCAAUGAUAAUCUAUUUUACCAGUGGCACCACAGGCUCUCCCAGAAUGGUUGAACAUUCCUAUGGAAGCUUUGGUCUGGGUUUUUCUAUCUGUGGAAGAUACUGGAUGAACUUGACUCACUCAGACAUCAUGUGAAACAUGUCAGAUACUGCUUAGGUGGUAAAAGCACUUGUCACCUUCCUUUCACAAGAUCCAAAAAACUGGCCUGUGAAUGAUCAUGUCAAGAAACUCACUGCACCAC